CGUCGCUCGGCCGAAGUCUCGCUCGCUCCCUCGCGCAGUGGUAGAGCGCGUUCGUUCGAGGCGUUCGACUUUCGAGCGGCGACGUACGCUAGCGUGUAUGUCUUCAUUAUUGAUGCAAAAGUUCCACGAUGGUAGAUCAUAACCAGAAAUUGUUACAGGAGUUGCAAAAGAAAAGUGGAAAUAAUGUUUGUGCCGAUUGUGGAAACCCGGACCCUGACUGGGCUUCCUACAACCUCGGCAUAUUUAUAUGCAUGCGCUGUGCCAGCAUCCACCGUGGCAUGGGGGCGCAUAUCAGUAAAGUGAAACAUCUGAAGCUCGACCGCUGGGAGGACUCUCAGGUGCAGCGGAUGAAGGAGGUCGGUAACAACGCCGCCAAGAAUAAAUACGAGGAAAGAGUCCCGCCAUGCUAUAGACGACCUAACAGGAACGAUCCACAAGUACUGAUUGAGCAGUGGAUUCGGGCAAAAUAUGAACGUGAAGAGUUUUGCCACCCUGAACGUCAGAGCUACCUAUCUGGCACUAUGGAAGGAUUCCUCAUGAAGCGAGGUAAAGAAGACAGCCGUUACCAGCUCAGGAAGUUCGUGUUAAGUGAGAACGAGGACACCCUUAAAUAUCACGUGAGGGAAAAUAAGGAACCUAAGGGUGUGCUCAAACUGUCCGAACUGAACGUUGCGUUUGCGCCGUCCAAAAUCGGGCACAUGAACUCAAUGCAACUGACGUUCAUGAAAGACGGGUCCACCAGACACAUCUACGUGUAUCACGAAGACCCUGAAGUUAUUAGCAAUUGGUACACAGCAAUUCGUUGCGCCCAACUGCACCUACUCCAAGUGGCGUUCCCAUCCAUGCCCCAAUCGGACCUGGUACUCCGUCUACCCAAAGACUUCGCCCGCGAAGGGUGGCUGUGGAAGACUGGGCCGAGACCUUCUGAUGCUCAUCGGCGACGCUGGUUCACGUUGGACAAUAGGAAGCUCAUGUACCAUGAUGAGCCGCUUGAUGCUUAUCCGAAAGGCGAGAUUUUUGUUGGGCACGAGUCAAACGGCUACUGUAUCAAAGUGACGAACACCGGUAACGGGUGCAAGGACGCGCGGUUCCCCUUCCAGUUAGUCACGCCGGACAGGACGUACUGUCUUGCCGCUACUACACAUGAAGACCGUGGUGGCUGGCUGGCCGUCAUACAGCAGACCAUCAAGAGACCGCUUACACCGCAGGAUUCUACCAGCCCAAUGGUGAUGGCGAGGCGUACCCUCUGGUCCAAGCAUUUGUCAACAACACCUAGACGCUUAUUACAGCCUCCUCAAGAAACACUGGAUGCGUAUUUUUAGCCAGGAUUUACUUAUCGAAGCCACGCUGGUCCGCAAACGUACGGCGUCGAACUCCAUCAGCAUAUUCUCAGGAAGGUAGUCUGUGUCCGUCGCAUACGCAAGCAACUACUUGUAAUGCUUACAAGAGCAAGUCCGAUGAUAUCGCCGGGAGUCGCCCGCUUACGGACACGACUGCUAAAUAAUUAAAAUUAAAUUAUUAUUAUUAAAAACAACCUUCUAGAAUUAUUUUAAUAAUUAGGAUCUUAUUUUAUGACGACUCUUGUAAAUACAACUAUGAUUUUUGAUUAAAUGAUUUUAAUCGGUUUAUUAUCCAUUAUUUAAUUACGUAAUGCUGAUGCAACGUUUAAUUAUACUAUCAAUGGACUUAUUAUCUAAAAUGUAUACAUUAUUGUUUUAAUUUAUUGUAUUUAAUGCAAUGAAGGAUUUGAAUCGGUAAUUUAAGUCAUAUUAAAUUAUAUAAUUAAUUUAUGUUUGUUUUGUAAGAAAAUAAAGUGUGUUAUUUCAUUCGAUGUUCUUUUAUAUCAUGGCGGUACGCACAAAAUAUCAAUGUAAUAACCGAUAGUGUAGUUAUGAUAACAUGUAGCCUGUAAAAUAAGUAAAUAUAUCAAUACAUUUGUAAUUCACUUUAGUGUAUGUUGAAAAUCACAACAAAGCUCUCUUAAUCAUGGUAAAAGACAUUCUACAGGGACUUUCUAUUUGGUGAUAAGUCUAAACGAGUACUGUAAUGGGAUACCACAGUAAACCCACCAAAAUCUACAGCCUAAACAAAUAAAUAAAAUAAAAGCUAAAUUAGCAGCAAUCAAAUACUUUUUAAAAUAAAAAAUAACCACCGAAAAUUAUUUAGGUACUUGUUUCUCGGGUUAUCUGUGGUAUCACCAAAGCAUAGACUUAAUAAGAAACGUAUAUGACCUGUAUCGUAUAUUGCAUUUAUGUAUAAGUUUGUAACUUGGUACUUGUAAGUACCCUGUAUUUUUCGCCUUGAAAACGAAACUGUUUUCGGCGCGCAAAAAAUAUGUAUUUAUACAAUUUAGCGACACAAACGAUGGAUGGAGACUGUAUAUUGUGAAAAUAGACAGGCAAAAUGUACGAAUGUACGAAAUAUUGAGCGUGGCGAAGGAAAACUCCUUUAAAAAGUUAUGGUAAUAGGAUACUACUAUAAAGGUAGAUUCCUAAAAAGAGUGCUGCUUUAACCGAAGCAAAUAUAUGAGGAUUCUCACUCCUCUAAAGUUAUGACCAUAACAAAAAAAAUUGUAGCAAUGUACAGAUAGUUCCAUCUCGGUUUUGUGUCGCAAAAUUGAACAUAAUUAAUAUUUAUUCACACUGGUUUUGUGACUAUUGUAUCAAUGAAAAUCUCGCAAUCACAGUAAUAUUAACCAUUAUAUUAUAAUCUUAUAGUACGCCACGAUCACGAGGUCCUAAGUUCGAUUCCAGUUGGAAUAGUGUUGUGCCCGAUAUAUUAGCAAUAGGAUGUUUCCUAUUACACUUGGGACCUCUCUAAAGGUUGGUUUUCUAUUACACUUCUGACUAUCCAUUUGGAUAGAAGCGUAAUGUUACGUUAAUAUAAGUGUAUGUAAUGCAACAAGCAAUGCAAUAACGUGAGAAAGUAUAGCGUUUAGGCUUAACGAAUACUCUGAUGUAUGUUCUUAUAUUUAUAUAUUUUUCUAUAACGGUAGUCUCGAAAACGACGGGCUUUGAGCGAAGUUGUGCAUGUGUUAGUUCAGUUUGUAUUUGUGUGUGUAAUCUGUGUAAUAACGUGUAAGCAAAGCUGUUUCAAAAACAAUUCUUGUUCGUCUGUUUCAUAAUGAAAUGACUCGAUGUCGACAGUUUGACUUAAAUAUAGGUGUGGAUGUGGACAUAUCUCAAUAGAAGAAUUAGAUAAUUUCAGCCGCUUAGACAAAGGUAAAGGAUGGUUUGUCCGAUAAAAUAUUAUUUCUAGAAGAGAAAGAAAAAUGUUUGACAUAGUAAAUGUAGUGUUUGGGUGUGAAACUGAUGAAAUGUAAUUUUAAACAGUUUUAGGUUUACUUUAAAUUCAUGAUAAAGUCCCGAAGCAGAAUCUAGUGUGGAUCACGUACCCUUUGGAUAUAAAACGACUUUUUUAGAAAACUUUAAAUAAAUAUAAUUUCAAAAAAAGUAGUCACAUACUCAUAUUGAUUAGGGACCCUUUCCAAAGUCUAGCUACCUGCUUUAGAUUAAAAUUUUAAAAAUAAAAUUAAUAUUUUUAGUGAAAAUUAGACAUAAAUUAUGUAUGAGGGAUCGGAUUGCUUCGGCAGUAGAGUAAAGGAACUUGAAAAGUUUAAGUUUAGUAAAUGAAUGGAAUGGAGUGGAUACAAAGCUAGGAGGCUACCAAAAAUAUGGUAGAGAUAAUAUUUUAUUGUAAUGUAUACUAUAACUGACUUACAGGCAAAAUGCUUUAGUAUAGUAAGUGUGAGGAAUGAAUAAAAUUCGUCUUCACGCGUGUGGCGUGCGAGUGUAGUGCGAGUGACAGACUUCGACUAAACUUAGAGUUAGGAUACUAUCAGAAUCACUAUCAUGUAAUCGUGUUCUACCAUUUAUUGACACGUAAGCUAAUGUCCAAAACAUUAAUUUAAUGAGCAAAUAACUUAGACUACGUUCGAUAUUGAACCGUAUGUAAUUUAUACUAUCGUAUAACAUUUUCUUAUCAGGAUAGCCGUAGAUUUAGUUAUAAUUUAUAGAAAAUGGAAAGCGUUAAAAUGAAUUAGAAAAUAAUAAGCCACAAAAAGCAAUUUAAAUGUUUCCUAGAUAAUGUACAAUUUUUAUUUUUAAUAUGAUUUAGCUGUGUAAGCUAUUCGAUGUGUUAAAUACUGCCGCUUACCCACGUGUACGUAAGUUAUUAUUUUAUACAUCAUUUGAAAUCAAUUAACAUAUUCGCUUUAGUUGUAAAUUUUAGUGUAAUUAUUUCAACAAAUUUUACCAAAACAUGCCUCGCUUAAGAUUUACAUUUAUUUUGUUGUAAAUAUGUAAAACGAUAAUUUUUGUAGUGUGCUCUGGCAUAAUACAACAUAUUUACAAAAUAAACAUUUCACCUGCUAA